AGUUUUUGAUUUCUGAACAUCACGUGAUUAAAUACUAAAAAAUGGCGAAUAACGAAACUCCCCUUUUAUUUGGCGACGGAAAAAAAGAACCAGAGAGCGAUGACAUAUUUAAGUCAUCUUCUGAGGUUCCAAUCAAUGACGAUUCCGGUGACAAAAAUGAGGAUAAUGAUCCUCAAGAUUUGUUUGGUCAGGAAAUUAACUUAAGUAACAAUGAAGAGGAUCAAAUUCCUUCGAUUCAACCAACGACAACACCAAUUACAAAUGGACCUCGAGAAGAAGAAUCGGAUGUUUAUAACAUUGAAAUCAAUGUGACAGAGCCAGAAAAACGUGGAGAUGGAAUGACGUCUUACAUUGUUUAUAAAGUUGUAACAAGAACAACUAUCCCACAAUUUCGUCGCCCAGAAUCAAGUGUUUGUCGCAGAUUUUCGGACUUUUUGGGCCUACAUGAAAAGCUCGCUGAAAAACAUCAAUCAAAGGGCAUUAUAGUACCCCCUCCACCAGAGAAAGAUGUUGUAGGCACUACUAAAUUAAAGAUAUCAAAGGAUGACACUCACGGAGAAUUUAUUGAAAAGCGACGAGCCUGUUUAGAAAGAUAUCUCAAUCGAUUGGCUAAAAAUAAAGUUCUUAUAUUGGACGAUAAUUUCCGAGAUUUUUUGGAAAGAGAGGGUGAUUUGCCUAAAUCAAGCUCAACAUCGGCGCUUAGUGGUGCUGGAUUAGCUCGUCUAUUUACCAAAGUUGGUGACUCAAUAGGAAAAAUUACUUUUAAGAUGGAUGAGACUGAUCAGAUAGCUUAUUGUAACUCUCUUGUUUUUAAGCAAAGUAAGGCUAGUUUCGAGUGGUUUGAAGAAAAGCAACAACAAAUAGAAACUUUGGAUGCUCAAUUACGUCGCCUUCACUCUGCUAUUGAGGGUUUAGUGGCUCACCGUAAGGAAUUAGCUCUCUGCUCGAAAACUGUCUCUUCGAGCGUCACUCUUCUUAGUUCUAUUGAAGAGCAUGGCGGACUCUCCAGAGCCUUAACACAUUUGGCAGACGUUGAGGAAAAGAUGCACAAUGUACAUCUUGACCAAGCCGACGCGGACUUUUUCUCACUGGCUGAAUUAAUUAAAGAUUAUAUUGGUCUCGUCGGUGCCGUCAAAGAAGCCAUGAACCAACGUGUUAAAACUUUUAAAUCGGUUAAAGAUGCCGAAUCUGCUCUCACUAAGAGACGCGAAGCAAAAGCGAAAGCUGAAAUAGCCAGAAAAAAUGAUAAGGUUCAACAGGAGGAGAUGGCCAUUCAAGACUGUGAAGAAAAAUUAGAUAAAGCCAAGAAAGAUUUUGAAGAUAUCUCUGCUACUAUAAGAAAAGAAAUUGCUCGAUUCGAAAAGCAAAGGGUUAAAGAUUUUAAGAGUACCGUUAUUAAUUAUUUACAAUCAUUGAUGAGCAGUCAGCAAGAGGUCGUCAAGCACUGGGAACAAUUUUUACCAGAAGCAAAAGCCAUAGCUUAA